UCUUUAUCACAAGGCACUUGCGCUCUGUCUUCGAUCACAAUCCAAAUAUAGGAUUUGAGAUGAAAAUCUUUUUCAGGUUUUGGGAUAACUGUCUUAUUACAAUUCUCAUCUCAAAACUUUCCUUCAUUUUCUCACCCAUUUUCCUUCCAAAUACUCCUGGGAAAUUGAAAAACCAAAAGAUGGUUUCUAUUGUUUCCCGGACUGGAAGGCAGUUCCAGCGUUACAAUCAAGGUUGCCGCCAAGUCGUAGGAUGCAUUCCAUACAGAUACAAAACAGACAAAGAAACAGAUGGAGCCCCCAUUGAAGAAUUAGAAGUCCUUGUGGUCAGUUCACAAAAGGGCAAAGGGAUGCUAUUCCCAAAGGGAGGUUGGGAAAUUGAUGAAUCAAUAGAAGAGGCUGCAACAAGAGAGACCCUAGAAGAAGCCGGUGUGCUUGGAAAUGUGGGGUGUAUAUUGGGAAAAUGGAGCUUCAAGAGCAAGAGCCGGGGCACAUUUAAUGAAGGAUACAUGUUUCCAUUGCUUGUGAAGGAGCAACUAGACUUCUGGCCUGAGAAAAAUGUUAGGCAAAGAAGAUGGAUGGCUGCAUCAGAAGCCAGAGAAGUGUGCCAGCAUGGGUGGAUGAAGGAAGCCCUGGAUAUACUAAUUCAGAGACUCAUGAAUGGUCAAGAAAAGGGGGAUGAAGAUGAAACUCCAAGCCCAUAGAACAUUAUUCACAGCCUUCUUGACUCAUACAUGGAGAAAUGAAGCAUGGCAAGAGUAUUUGUUUGCCAAGAAAAUGAUGAUGGCUCAGAGGCAAGAAACACUUGAAGUGGAAGAGAGCUUGCAUUGUUGCAUCCACCAGUGUGGGGAGGCCUGAAUGAAAAUUUGGGCGUGAGAACCCCAAUUCAGUGAUUCAAAGGCUAGAUAGAUGCAGAUGUAGAUGUUAGAAUUUCUUUCAUUUUUUCAUUUGUUCAUUCAAUUAAUUAUAAUUCAAUUCAAUUCUUUCAUUCAAUCAAUCGGAGUACAUGUGUUGUCCCUUGA